AUUUAAAUGAGGAAAGAGACCAAGGUGAAUCCAAGUAAAUCUCGGUUCGCACCAACAAGAUGAAUAUCUCCUUUUAUGGACAGAAGGAUGGUCGAAGAAAAUGAAAUAGCUUUAGUGCAAACCCAUUGAAAGAGAGGUUCACAAAAACGCUCAAAAUGAUGCAAAUUGUGAAGUAUAAUGUGCUGUAAAUGAAAGCCUAUUUAUCCGAAUAAUAAAUAUAAGAUUAAAUGGGACAUUCUCAUUAUAUGCCUGAUUAUUUGGAACUGAACAUAUACACCCUUUCAAUUCUCUUAUCUCAACAACACACCGAGUAUUGUCUUGAUAGAAAUUUUUGAAAGAGUAUUUGAUCUUUUAUUUUUGAUUGAUUUCUACAUCAAUUUUAGAACUGUUUAUUUCUUGAGUUCUACGGGAGAGCCUGUUGUAAAUCCGAAGUCUAUUGCAUUAAAUUAUCUAUGAAGCUUAAGAUUCAUAAUAGAUCUAUCUGCUUCUAUUCCUAUUGAGCUGUUACUCAUAUAUACAAGUGAAUCAUCAAAAGAGUUUGGCUUCUUAAGAUUACUAAAGCUUGCUAAACUCUUUAGGUUUGGAAAACUCCUUGCAUAUCUUACUGUUGAGAGUAAGAUUAAACUAAGUUUCAAGAUUGGAGAAAUUCUGUUCUUUCUCAUACUUGCUACACACUGGUGAAACUGAUAUUGGUAUUCUAUUGUAAGGAUUGAACAAACCUGGAUCCCUCCAAAAGAUCAGGAUAAUGAUGGAACAGUCCUGUACACAGAAAAUAACGUAUUCUCAGAGUAUUUUUUAAUCUAUUAUUACUCUUUGACUAGUCUUAUUGGUGCUGAUUUGCUCCCCUCAACUUUUACAGAGCUAUACUCUGGAAUUCUACUGUAUAUUUUGGGCCCAAUUAUGUUCGGAAUACUUAUCGGUAAUUUCUCGAAUAUAUUAUACGAUUUUACAAAGGCAGAGAGAGAAAGUAUGGAAGUCCUUGACAUGAUUACUCAAACUAUGUUUUCUCUAAGGCUACCAAUUGAUAUGCAGAACAGAGUCAGUGACUUCUUUGACAUUGUGACUCAGUCCAGAAUGGAGUAUAACAAAUAAAGCUUUUAAGAGUCUGAACCAUGCUUUAUCAAACAAGAUCUUGGUUACACAGUGAUCGAAUACAUUCUCACAGUUUUGGGAGAAGGGGACUCCUCAAGAGAGAAAUAUAAGAAAAAUAGCAGGAUAUUUAGAAAUCAGCCAUUUCCAAAUGGGUGAUAUUAUACUCAAACAAGGGGAAAAAGGAGGCAAAGUCUUCUUUAUUAUUGACGGAUUAACAGAAAUCUUACUGGAGAAUGAAGAUUUUCAAUAUUACCAGCAGAAAUAACGUUGAUAAUUUUUAUGUCAGGAACUCGGUGACUUCAAGAGCCUCAGCUGAUAAAAAUAGUGUUAACUGGAGAAAGAAAGAUACUGUCAGAGAGGUGAAGGAUAUUAAUGUAGAUGAUGAAGACAGUUUUCAGAAUUUGUUCAAGGAUGAUAAAGGAUAUCAAAAUGAGAGUGAAGACUGGAGUGAUAUCAGUCAAAUGUCUGACAGAAAAACUAAGUCUAAAGAAAAUUCAAAUAAUCAUGAAGACAAUCAAAGCCAACUUAGUGAAGGCGCUGAGCAAGUCUUGCAUGAAUUUGAGAAUUUCAAAGUUGUGAAUGAGUGACAAGAAGGAGACUUCUUCGGAGAAAUUUCCUGAAUCACCAAAUAUCUUCCUGUGACAUGCACUGUCAGAGCAGUAAAGACAACAUGAUGAGGUGUGAUUGGUAAAUAAGCAUGCGAGCUUGGUUAAGGAUAUCAUUUACCAAAGAAUGUACUCUUACAAAGAUGCUAAUUUUCAGAACUGGCAUAAGACAAUUAAGAAUAUUCCCUUAUUGAAAAGACUCCAGUUUGACUCUUGCAGAACUUUAUGUCUUCAUUUUAAGAGAGUGAGAUUUCCUAAAGGAACUGUAUUACUAAAUUUUGGAGAAAUCAAUCCCAAUACCUUCUUCCUCACUAAGGGAGAGGUGGGAGUUUAUGUACAUAAUAAACUAGGAAAGCGAGAGCAAUUAGGCGAUGAGAUAGAUAUUUGUGAAGCAAAAUUUCAACAUCUCAAAGAAUCUGCCUCUUUUAAUUUUGUAUGAUCUUAUCUUGAACAUGAAAGUCUGUUCACUAUUAAAGUAGAGGAGGAUGCUGAAAUCAUGCUUCUUCACAGAUCUGAUCUUAUUGAAAUCUCAUUAGUUGAUAUUGAACUCUUGCAUAUUUUAGAUAGGGUCUCAACAAAAUAUCAAUACACUGGGUGAAAAUACGAUUAUUAUGUUCAUAGAAAUUUAUUGAGACAAAGACAGGCUGAGGAGGUAAAGGAGGAUCCAAGGAAGCCUCCAAUUCCAUGAUUCAAUUCCACUAACUUAGACAAAAAGACAACCAUCAACGGCCAAAGUUAUGUUUAGACAA